AUGACAUCCACAAUGACCAAUGUGAGAUCAAAAGUUGUUAAACUUCCAAAGAAACAGGAAAAUAUUACCCAUACUGAAAGACAGCAGUUAAUAGAAACUGACCAGAAGAUGGCCCAGAUAUUAGAUUUAAAAUACAAAUACAUGUCAGCAGUUAUGAUGAAGAAGUUUAAAAUCUUGAUGGAAAAUCUGGAUUCAGUGGUUGAAGAAAUAAGGGAAACUCUUAAAAGUGACUUAAAGGAAAUUUUAGGAGUAAAAAAUAUAAUACCUGAAAUGAAAAAUUCAAACAAUUCCAGUAACAGGAAAGAGUGGCAACAAAUAAGAGAUUUAGCCUUACAAAUUACAGCAUUGGUAGAGAAAAUAGAAGAGAAAAACUUUAAGAUAGUUGAGGAUAUUGAAGGUUUGACCUGCAAAACAAACGAAAUCGAUAAUCUGAGUAGCAAAUUAGACAAAUCUGAAGAGUAUGUUAGCAAUCAAGUUAAGAAAUUAUUCCAGAAUGGAUCACAAAAUCACAAAGUCUCAGAAAGUGUAGAAGAAAACUUAAGUAAUGUAGAUGACAGAUACAGAAAUUGCAAUAUCCAAAUAGAUGUUACAGAAGAGGGAAACAGAGAAAAUGAGGAGGAUGAGCAAGUCAAAGAAAUGAGAAAAAAGAAAAAUCCUCAGAAAUUCAAGAAUAAAGAGAAAAUCCUAAAAGCUUCCAUGGAAGGAAAACAUGAAGGAGCAGUACUCACAUUGGCAGCAGACUUUUCAUCAGCAACACUGGAUAUUAGGAAGCUAUGGAGCAAUAUCUUCAACAUUCUGAGAGAAAAUGAUUUUGAACCAAAAUUUCUAUGCCAAGCUAAAUUAGCAUUUAAAUGUGAUGGUGAAAUAAAGGCAUUUUCAGACCUGCAAAGCCUCAGAGAAUUUAUUGCCCACAAGUCUUCUAUGAAAGAAUUACUGAAAGAUGUGCUCUCACUAAAUGAAAAAAGAAACCAAGGAGGAAGACGACAUGGGAUACAAGAAAAAGUGGAUAAAACUCUAAUUGACUCAAAGCAUGGAGGUGGGAAAGCAACCAGCGAUGGUCUGAGCUUUCUGUUUAUUAAAGAAGUAAAGGUUGUUGAGCCAGAAGAGAUGAAGAAAUUAGAGGCUCAGGAAGAACAGUCUUCAGAGAGAAAGGAGAAAGAAGACCCUGAUUUGGUGGAAGAAGAAGCCUCAGGACUAGAGGAGGAGGAGGAAGAGGAGGAGGAGGAGGAAAAGGAAGAGGAAGGAGUGGUCUCAGAACUGGAAGAAGCCUCAGGACUGGAGGAGGAGGAAGAGGAGGAGGAGAAGGAAAAGGAAGAGGAAGGAGUGGUCUCAGAACUGGAAGAGGAGGGGGAAGAGGCCUCAGGACUGGAGGAAGAGGAGGAUGAGGAGGAGGUAGAAGAGGCCUCAGGUUUACAUGAGGAAACCUUUCAGGGUCAUACUGUAGUAGACACAAAGCAUGACGUUGAGGGAGUACCUAGGGAUGUCGAAAAGAUAGAGGAUACUGAGCCAGAGGAGGAAGACAUCUCAGAGUGGGAAAUGGAAGAGGACUUGGCAUGGGAAGAAGGAAAGACAUCUGAAGGAGAAGAGGUAAAGUCUACCUCCAAGCCUGAGAAAGAAGAGGCCUCACAUGGACUUAAAGAAAUUGCCUUUAAUUACUGCAUUUGGGAUUCUGAUAAGAAAAAGUUGGGAAAAUACCAGAUGGUAGACAAAACCCAGAAGGAAGAGAAAACAGCUAUGCUCCAAAAUCAAGAAAUGAGGACAUCCUCUCCAACCUUACAUUUAACUUCUUCCUCUGGUAAACAGAACAAGCAUUCAUGUGCAAAUUUGAGUACUCCAUUAGAAGUUACUGAACUUUUAAGGAAAACUGAGAAAAAGGGACACAAAAUUCUGCAAACAGAAGAGCAAGCCUCUAAAGGAGCAGGCUUAAUACAGAAAACAGAAGAAGACUUCAGAAAACUUAAAAACUUAAUAGAUACAUUCGGUAGCAGAAUGGACAUACUUGAAGAAAAAGCCAACAAUCUAGAAUCUGAGACUACAAUGCAAAUGGCCAAGCAGAUAAUACAAAAAGAAAGGUUAAGAGACAUGGAGGAUAGAGCCAGAAGCUCCAACAUUCGUUUAAUAGGAAUUCCUGAAAAAUAUAGUAAAGAGAAUGGAGGGGAGGAAAUUAUUAAAGAAAUAAUUGAAGAAAACUUUCCAGAACUAAUGGAAGAUUUGAGCCUUGAGAUUAUCAGUGCCCACCGAAUACCCAGUAAGAUUGAUGAAAGGAGACUCACUCCUAGACACAUCUUGGUGAGAUUUUGGAAUGUCAGUGAUAAAGAAAAAAUCAUAAAGGCUUCCAGAAAGAGAAAAGAGAUAACCUAUAAAGGAGCAAGAAUCAGACUGACGGCAGAUUUAUCAUUGGACACACUAGAGGCUAGAAGUAAAUGGAGCAAUAUCAUGAAAGUUCUGCAGGAAAAAGAUUUUGAACCUAGAAUCCUAUACCCAGCCAAAUUGGCAUUCAAUUUUGAGGGUAAAACAAAGAUAUUUUUGGAUAUUGAAGAAUUCAGGGAAUUUAUUUCUUACAUACCUUCUUUGAAAAAAUUACUGGCAAUCUAA